CAUGCGCAUCUUUCAUGUUCCCCAAUGUGUGUUUGAGCGUAUGAAGGUUGAACUGUCAACUAACCAUAAACGAGUAUUUAAAACUAGUUACUGAGUAGUCCAAAUUGUUCAGUAUCUAAUGUCCACAUGCCUUUAUAAUAAAGUCUAUAUUUUUGGACCUCAACCUGCUUCAUUCGGGAUUUUAUUAAAGGGUAAGCAGACAACAUUUGGAUAAAUUAUCUUCCAGGUGAAGAUGGCAGGUCUUUCUAACUAUGCCCUGCGCAUGGCCCGUCUGAGCGCCCGAAUCUUUGGAGAUGUGUCCCGUCACACAGACUCCAAGUCUAUGAGAGUGGUAGGGUUUUUUAAAGAACCCCCUCUGGCCCAGAGAACAGAAGUGUAUGACUGGUACCCCCCGCACAAGAUUUACUAUUCAAUGACCCAGAAGCUCAGAUAUUUAGGGCUUUUCAGGGAUGAGCAUCAAGAUUUCAAGGAGGAAAUGAGGCGCUUGAGGAAACUACGGGGGAAAGGAAAACCUAAGAAGGGAGAAGGGAAGAGAGCCACAAAGAAGAAGUAGACCAACGCAUUUCAGCUAUUUAUGAACGGACACUUAAGAAACUGAUGAAGAAACUGAGCUAAAUACCUGUAUGGACAACAGGACAAUGUUUAUGACAGUGGCAACAUUACAUCAGCAGAGAUUGUGGUGAAACAAAAAACAAACAAAACAAACAUGAUGUCUGUGAUGGAAAUUAAAUAUGAAUUUUUGUA